AUGUGCCAGGGCUAUGACGUGGUUAAGAUGCGUCUCAAACAGGUAUACGUGAUUGACUCCCAGAGCUACCUGACAACUGCCACCGGCUCCUGUACCCUGUGUGAAAACCCACUGACGAGCAGCAGGUUUGAGAAGCUUCCCAUUGCUGUGCAGGACUGGUUGGUCAACAGCAACUGCAGGCUGGGGCUCUUUAGCUCUUCCCUCAGCCCUGUCAGCUCGUUGGUGGGAUCUGUCUCCUCUGUGAUACAGAAUGACUGGAGGACCGCUGUGGGUCUGGCAGGGUCUACAAGCCUGCAACUGGAGGGCAGCCGGUCGGCAGUGUCUGACUUCGCCUCAGCCAGAGCCAGAGUGGACAAGUCACUCUUCACACUGCAACAGCUCCACUACUCUCAAUACAGCUACCGUCUUUUUAGCAGCCCUCCUCUCCACUCUGUCUCCCAACGGGAGGCAUUCUCCCUCCCUACGAGUCUCAACACUUCUACUCUCCCCAUGUACCACCGCUUCAUCGCCAUUUAUGGAACACAUUACAUCUAUCAGGAGGAGGUCUAAAGGAGGUGACCUCAGUCCGCACGUGCCUGGCAUCCCUU